GACCCGAUAUUACGAGAUUGAGAACCACUGCGGUUCCACUGUAGUGUAGCCGGGGUUGUGGUGACUAGCCCAACAAGUGACUUAAAGCUAGUGACCACAAUGUUAGUAUAUGAUGAUGCUCUGAGCAACACAAGGACAACAUUUAACAUUUGUUGGCAGACCUAACGACACUCCGUCUCAUUGUAUACCUGAUGGGUAAGUUCGGUAUAUCAAUGGUGUUCACAUCGCUGUACCUGUUCACCUCGGAGCUGUAUCCCACGCAGUACCGGCACCGGCUGCUGGCCUUCUCCUCCAUGGUGGGCCGCAUCGGCUCCAUCACCGCACCACUCACACCAGUGCUCAUGGAUUACUGGGAAGGUAUACCGUCCGUAAUGUUCGGUGGUAUGGCUGUACUAUCUGGUAUCCUGGUGCUGACGCAGCCGGAGACGCUAGGCACCAAGAUGCCUGAUACCCUCGCGGAAGCAGAGGCCCUCGGCAAGCCAGAAUCAAAAAUAAAAAUCUGAACACAUACUCAAUGUACCUUAACACUAGAUGUAAGAAUAACGUUACUUCUGUAUUGCUUCACGUCGAUUUGACGAAAUUAUGGCCAUAUUGUAAAAAAUAAGCAUAAAUGUAUCACAGAAAAAUCAUUAUAGAUUUGUAGGUGGCCGAAUCUUGCAGGAAAAAAUCUAAAACCACUGGAACCCAUGACAAAAACCCAAGAAACGUAUAAAAGAAUCCCAGUAAAAUUAAGAUGGCAACAAAUUCAGUUCCAGUAAAUGACAAAAAACUUGAAUAUUUGUUUUUUACUUUCCCCCCACUAGGAUUUUCUCCUGUGUCGUGGGUGCAUUUACAUU